GGCAAUGGAAAAUAUUGGAAAAUAUUAGAAAAUAUGAAUGGAUCAACUAUUGACGAGCAAGAAUUACUGACUGUGGUUCCUCCAGAACUCAAACGGCUUUGUAAAAAGGUCGUGCGAGGGUUCUACGAGAGUGAACACGUGGCUAUUAUCAAUGUAUUAACAAACUCGCAAUAUCCAUGUUUACAAGAAGACGAUUUGAUCCGACUGCUUAGCUUUGACAAGAAGCAGCUUCGCCAAAGUUUAGUACGUUUAAAGAAUGAAAAACUCAUAAAGCAAAGAGUUCACAAGGAAAAGAAUCCAGAAACCGGGGCUCUCAUUAGUUUCAACUACUACUUCAUUAACUACAAGGUGUUUGUAAAUGUUGUUAAAUACAAGCUUGACCACGUGAGGAAGAAGAUUGAAAGCGAAGAAAAGCAAGCCAAAAAUCGUCCGUCAUUUCUAUGCACACAGUGCUCGAAAAAAUAUUCUGAUCUAGAGGUUGAUCGCUUGUUCGAUUUAGAGACAGGUCAAUUAAAGUGCACUCUCUGCGAGGGACUUGUGGAAGAAGAUUCUGCCAUGAUUAAACAAAGUAACACAUCACGAACCAAUUUGGCUCGCUUUAAUGAACAAAUGGAGCCAAUUUUUCAACUGCUGAGGGAAUGCGAACACAUCAAUCUGGCGCCAGCCAUUCUAGAGCCAGAACCACAGGCUGCCCAGUUUACUGGUGGGAGCCAUGUGUCUCGCCCAUCAGGUCACCGUGGGAGUAAACCAUCUUGGGCAAAUGAUGCAGCAGGAGGUAGUGAUGUUAGUGGACCAGGUAUCAAGAUAGACAUCAUGGGAGAGAAGGGUGAUGAAGAUUUAGGAAAUGUUAAACCACGGACUAAAGAGGCACCAAUAUGGAUUACACAGAGCACAGUAUUACCAGCUUCAGGUGCUAAGAACGAGACAGUUGCUACUGGACAAACCCAUCCUGGUGAAUUACAGAACAAAAAACGGAUUGGUUCUGGUAAAGAUGAUGAAAUCCUUGCUGAAUUAUUAGUGCAUGAGUCAGUAAACAAGAAACCACGCCUAGACAUCAAUGAAGCCCUUGGUGAGGGGGGAGAUGAUGAUAGCGACUCUGGAAGUGAUGAAUCAGACUUUGAGACACCAACUCCAGGGCCUGCCACAAAAGAAAGUGAAGUAACAGAAUCCAUGGAGAUUCACUCAGAAAGUGAUCAGGAGGAUGAAGAAGCACAUGAAAUUAAAAUAGGAGACAAAAUGGUGCCAGUGCACGAUGUUACUGAGGAAAUGUUAAAACAAAUGACACCAGAUGAACAUGAGGCAUACACCAAAACACUACAGCAUGUUUAUAGCCAGUUAUAUUAGUACUCAUGUAUGAAUAUGUACACAGAAACAGUGUAUAUGGCAGUCAGUAUCAUGACUAAGGUACACUGACAAAUACAAGUGUUAGUAGUUGUAAAGCAUUUCUUUUGACAAAGUGAUUUAGAGAAUAUAUAAUCUAUCAGACGGUGUCGAAUUGUUACAUUGUUUAAUUUUCAAAGUAAUUUUAAGCUCAAGAUACAACACAAGUACUGGUAUUUGCAACUGCAAGUCACUGAUUAAAACAAGAGUCAAUUUCCUGUAAUGAGUACAGCAGCCUCUUAUUAUUCAAGGACACCCUGGGGAGGGAGAUUUAGUGUCCACAAUGGCCAGAGUUUGUAAUAGCUGACACUCUAAACACAUGAAAUAAUGUGUAACUAAACAAAUAUAAGGCUGCGAAAAGAUUUGGCCACAAGCAGGAAAUACUCAUGUUCACACCUAAUUGAAGAAUGGUUUCUUAUUUUCCUUUGUUGUAAUGUCAGAUGAAGUACUUAAGUGUCCACCAUGGCAGGAGAAAAACAAGUGAAAUGUCAUGCUGGAGAGGCAUGAAGCUUUCUGCAGAUUCUGCAAUAAUGGGAAUUUGUUUUUACCAUUUCUUUAUGCAUUUUGCCAGGGAGCUCUUGUCCACAAUAGUGGGGUAUCCAUAUUAGUGAGGUGUCUGCUGAGCGAGAGUUAACUGUGCUCUUUUGUCACAGGAUGGAAAAACAUGAGGGGGAUGGAAAACUGGUCUGGAUCUUUUUCAUGGCCAACUUUUAUCAGAAAGAACUACUAAGAGCAUGUGAAAGCCUGAAAGAUGUUUGUUAACCCAGUAUUUUGGUUUUUUUUUUAAAGAAAACAUCAUGUUUGUGAGAUCAAACUCCAGCAUACAUGUAGUUUUUAAAUAUUAUUUCAUCAAAUUAAAGAAGACAUUUGUCCUAUAUAGGAACCGAUCAUAUUUUGUACCAUUAAUCUGUAUUAUAUCAUAAUCAUAGCCUUACAUUAUUUUAAAGGCCAUAAGUUUCCAAGUCUGUAACUAUGUGUUUACCCUCAUUAA